AUGGAGGACGACCCGCUGUACAAGCUCGAGUUCCUGUCGCUGGUCUCCAAGAUCUCGACAGAAAUUGAGAACCACUUGGGGAUCAACGACCGUGUCCUCGCUGAAUUUGUCAUCUCGCUACAUGACCAGGCAGGCGGCUCGCUCCCUGCGUUCCAGGCGAAGCUCGACGAGAUCGGCGCCGACUUCGCGGCCGAGUUCGUCGAAAAUCUGGAUCGACUCAUUACGACGCUGCAUCCAAAGCACAAGAAGGCGAAGCAGGAAAAGGAGGCGCGCGCUCGCGCGCUCAAGGCUGGCGAUGCGCGGGAGCGCCAGGCCGUCAUGCUCCCUGGACUAGCGAUCCAAGAUCAAGCGUGGGCUCCUCCUGAUUAUUACGAUGAGGCCGCGCCGCGCAAGCGGACGACGGCUUUGGCCGCCGCCGGCGCGGCGCCUGAGCGCCCGCGCGCGCCCGAGCCGGAGCGUGGCCGAUCGCGGGCGCCCGUGGCGCCACCGGACGAGACGCCUGUUCUGAACAAGAUCUACGAUGGCAUCGUAUCGGGGGUAAAGGACUUUGGUGCAUUUGUCACUUUGGACGGCGUUGUUGGGCGCCAGGAUGGCCUCGUUCACAUCAGCGCCCUGACGCAAGGGCGUGUAGGUCACCCUUCGGAUGUGGUGGCGCGUGGCCAGCCGGUGAAGGUGAAGGUUGUCUCGAUCCAGGGGCAGCGCAUUGGACUCUCGAUGCGCGACGUCGACCAACAGACUGGGCGUGACCUCGGUGCUCUGCAGCAGGCGCGCGCGGACGCAGAGCGCUCACGCGCCAUGACGGGAGCCAACGCGGCUCCUUUGGGUCGCUCUGCCGCUGGGGCGCCACCCGCGCCCCCACUGCCGGACGAUCGGCGCGGGCGCGGUAUCAAGCGGCUUACGAGCCCUGAACGAUGGGAGAUCAAACAGCUGAUUGCUAGUGGUGUGGCCAAGGCCUCCGACUACCCUGAGCUCAUGGAGGAAGAGUUUUCCACGCCUGCCUCGCGUCUCGCUGGCGACGACGCCGAUGAAGAGGUGGAAAUCGAAGUGAACGAAAAAGAGGCGCCGUUCCUGGCGGGCCAGACGGCCGCGUCACUGGAGCUGUCGCCCGUGAAGAUUGUCAAGGCGCCGGACGGCUCGCUCAAUCGUGCGGCACAGGCCGGCACGGCACUCGCGAAGGAGCGGCGUGAACUGAAGCAGCAGGAAAUGAACGAGGCGGCCGAGCGCCAGUCGCGCGAUACCUCCACGGGGUGGCUUGAUCCCAUGGCGCAGGCGAGCGAUAAGAAGUUUGCGCAGGACCUCAAGGGCCAAGCGCGGGGCCAACAUGCGCAGCAGCAGCCUGCGUGGAAGAAGCACGCCUUCAACAAGACGACCACAUUCGGCAAGAUCACCACACUGAGCAUGCAGGAGCAGCGGGAGAGCUUGCCCAUCUUCAAGCUGCGCGAGCAGCUAGUCCAGGCGGUGCGCGACAACCAGGUCUUGGUCGUCGUCGGUGAUACGGGCUCCGGCAAAACGACGCAGCUGACCCAGUACCUGGCUGAGGAAGGCUUUGCGGACCACGGCAAGAUUGGGUGCACACAGCCGCGCCGUGUGGCCGCUGUGAGUGUGGCCAAGCGUGUGGCCGAGGAGGUUGGCUGCCGUGUGGGCCAAGAGGUCGGGUACACGAUCCGCUUCGAGGACUGCACUGGCCCCGAGACACGCAUCAAGUACAUGACUGACGGUAUGCUCCAGCGCGAGUGCCUGGUCGACCCGGACGUGCGUGCCUACUCGGUUCUUAUGCUGGACGAGGCGCACGAGCGCACUAUUGCCACAGAUGUGCUGUUUGGCCUGCUGAAAAAAGCCCUCAAGAAGCGGCCGGACCUGAAGCUUAUUGUGACGUCGGCCACUCUCGACGCCGAGAAGUUCAGCACAUACUUUUUUGGGUGCCCCAUAUUCACGAUUCCGGGUCGGACGUACCCCGUCGAAAUUUUGUAUACCAAGGAGCCGGAGCCCGACUAUCUCGAUGCCAGUCUUAUAACGGUGAUGCAGAUUCACCUCUCUGAGCCACCCGGCGACAUCCUGGUCUUCCUCACGGGCCAGGAAGAAAUUGAUACCAGCUGUGAGAUUUUGUACGAGCGCAUGCGUGCGCUGGGCCCCAGCGUGCCUGAGCUCAUUAUUUUGCCGGUGUACUCGGCACUGCCGAGCGAGAUGCAGUCGCGCAUCUUUGAGCCGGCGCCGCCAGGCGCCCGCAAAGUCGUGCUGGCCACGAACAUUGCCGAGACGAGUAUUACAAUCGACGGCAUUUACUAUGUGGUCGACCCCGGCUUUGUCAAGCAGAACGCAUACGACCCGCGCCUCGGUAUGGACUCGCUGGUCGUCACGCCUAUCUCUCAGGCCCAGGCGCGGCAGCGAUGUGGCCGCGCAGGGCGUACAGGUCCCGGCAAGUGCUAUCGGCUGUACACGGAGGCUGCGUUCCGCAAUGAGAUGCUGCCGAAUCCCAUCCCUGAUAUUCAGCGACAAAACCUGUCGUCGACGAUCCUGUCGCUCAAAGCCAUGGGCAUCAAUGACCUGCUGCACUUUGACUUCAUGGAUCCGCCGCCGGCGCAGACGAUGCUCACGGCGCUCGAAUCGCUGUACGCGCUCUCCGCCCUGGACGACGAGGGCCUGCUUACCCGCCUGGGGCGCAAGAUGGCCGAUUUCCCGAUGGAUCCGCCGAUGGCCAAGAUGCUUAUUGCGAGUGUGGACCUCGGGUGCAGCGAGGAGCUGCUGAGCAUUGUGGCGAUGCUCAGCAUCCCCAAUGUGUUCUACCGCCCCAAAGACAAGCAGGCGCAGGCCGAUGCCAAACGCGCCAAGUUCUUCCAGCCGGAGGGCGAUCACCUGACGCUGCUGACCGUGUACAAUUCGUGGGUCGCGAGCCGCUGCUCGAUGCCGUGGUGCGUCGACAACUUUAUCCAGGGCCGGGCCCUGCGGCGCGCGCAGGACGUGCGCAAGCAGCUCGUGGGUAUCAUGGACCGCUAUCACCACGAUAUCCUAUCGUGCGGCAGCAACUACAACCGCGUCCGCCGCGCUAUCUGCUCCGGUUACUUCCGCAAUGCGGCCAAGCGCGAUCCGCAGGAAGGCUACCGCACGCUGGCUGAGGGCGGCGGUAACGUCCUCUUCCACCGUCCACCCGAGUAUGUUGUGUACCAUGAGGUCGUGAUGACGUCCAAGGAGUACAUGCGUGAGGUGACAGCGAUCGAGCCCAAGUGGCUCGUCGAGGUUGCGCCGCGCUUCUUCCGCACGGCAGACCCUGCGAACAUCUCCAAGCGCAAGCGCCAGGAAAAGGUGCAGCCCCUGUUCAACCGGUACGCGAAGGACCAGGACGAGUGGCGUCUGUCCAAGCAGCAGCGCCUCGCACGUGUCGUGCAGUCGCAGACCUUCUAA